CUUAAUGGCGGUUAGCAGUUGAUGGGGUCUCUUUUUGACAUUCAAUCAUUUUCUGAGCGUGUUACGCUUAAUUGCGGACGUUCGGUGGUGCGCACAAUCGCCGUGAGCGUGUAGGCGGCGGCACAGAGUGCGGAUAUAGCGUCGCCAUGGACGACGCAAGCGGAAUGCCAUCGCUGCAAGCGGUCGUCCAAGCCAUCCACGCGCUCUACAGACAGCCAGACACUACGGGCAAGGAGAAAGCAUCGGUCUGGCUGGGGGAACUGCAAAGAUCCGUAAGUUUUGUCUGUGCCUGGAAGAUUGCAGAUGAACUCCUGCAGCAGAAUGUGGACCUUGAGUCCUGUUACUUUGCUGCUCAGACCAUGCGAACAAAGAUCCAGUACGUGUUCCAUGAACUCCCCCCUGAAUCCCAUGGCUCCUUGCGAGACUCGCUCAUGGAGCACUUGGCGAAGGUCAACAAAGAUACAGCACCAGUUAUUGUUACACAGUUGUCUCUCGCCAUGGCAGAUCUUGCCCUGCAGAUGUCGGCAUGGAAGUCUCCUGUUGUUGACUUAAUACAAAGGUUUGGCUGCAGUCCAUCCCACAUUCCCGUUCUCCUUGAAGUGCUGACGGUGCUUCCCGAAGAGCUCAACAGCCGGUCACUCCGGCUUGGUGCCAACCGGCGCAACGAGAUCAUUGAGCUUUUCACUCAGGUUUCGGGACAGGUGGUGCACCUGCUGGUAAGCAUUGGCGCUUCUCAUCUACCGUCUCUGCUUGCUUAGGCUUAGUGAUGUAGCUUAAACUGUAUGGAGAUUGAGUCCCUGUCAAUUUCAGACUUUUUCUUUAUUAUUUGUAUGCGGUCAAACUCGCUCGUAGC